GACGCCGGUGGGGCGGCCGAGGCUGCUGUGAGAGGGCGCUCGAGGCUGCUGGAGAGCGAACUGGCGAAGGAGGCGGGGAGGCGGCGGCCGCACUCGCUCGCCUGCUUCUCGUUUCCCGGCACCGCCGCGGGUCCGCCGCUGCGCUUCCUGCCCGCCCACCACUCCGUUGCGCGCCGCGGGAGCAGCGGCCCCUCCGCUGGGUCCCCGCGCGGGUCAGGAGUCUUGCGUGCCGGCGGACACCGCGCGGAGGGCGAGCCGGCGCCACACCUGUGGAGCCGGCGGGCGUCGGGGGUCCCGGCCGGGGUCCCGCCGCGCGCGUGCUUGGGGCUGCGGGCCUCCGGGGCGCCGGGGGAGGCGCGCCCCCCGGCUGGGCGACUCGGCCACUAUGGGGCUCCCCGCGCUCGAAUUCAGCGACUGCUGCCUCGACAGCCCGCACUUCAGAGAGACGCUCAAGUCGCACGAAGCGGAGCUGGACAAGACCAACAAAUUCAUCAAGGAGCUCAUCAAGGACGGGAAGUCACUCAUCAGCGCGCUUAAGAAUCUAUCUUCAGCGAAGAGGAAAUUUGCUGAUUCCUUAAAUGAAUUUAAAUUCCAGUGCAUAGGAGAUGCAGAAACAGAUGAUGAAAUGUGUAUAGCAAGGUCUUUGCAGGAGUUUGCCACUGUCCUCAGGAAUCUUGAAGAUGAACGGAUACGGAUGAUUGAGAAUGCCAGCGAGGUGCUCAUCACUCCCUUGGAGAAGUUUCGAAAGGAGCAGAUUGGGGCUGCCAAGGAAGCCAAAAAGAAGUAUGACAAGGAGACAGAAAAGUAUUGUGGCGUCUUAGAAAAACACUUGAAUUUGUCUUCUAAGAAGAAAGAAUCUCAGCUUCAGGAGGCAGACAGCCAAGUGGACUUGGUCCGGCAGCAUUUCUAUGAAGUAUCCCUGGAGUAUGUCUUCAAGGUGCAGGAAGUCCAAGAGAGAAAGAUGUUUGAGUUCGUGGAGCCGCUACUGGCGUUCUUGCAAGGACUCUUCACUUUCUAUCACCAUGGUUAUGAACUGGCCAAGGACUUCGGUGACUUCAAGACACAGUUGACCAUUAGCAUACAGAACACAAGAAACCGCUUCGAAGGUACCAGGUCAGAAGUGGAAUCACUGAUGAAAAAGAUGAAGGAGAAUCCCCUUGAGCACAAGACCAUCAGUCCCUACACCAUGGAAGGGUACCUGUAUGUUCAGGAGAAACGGCACUUUGGAACUUCUUGGGUGAAGCACUACUGUACCUAUCAACGGGAUUCCAAACAAAUCACCAUGGUACCAUUUGACCAAAAGUCAGGAGGAAAGGGGGGAGAAGAUGAAUCUGUCAUCCUGAAAUCCUGCACACGGCGGAAAACAGACUCUAUCGAGAAGAGGUUUUGCUUUGACGUAGAAGCAGUAGACAGGCCAGGAGUCAUCACCAUGCAGGCGUUGUCGGAAGAGGACCGGAGGCUCUGGAUGGAGGCCAUGGAUGGCCGGGAACCUGUCUACAAUUCGAACAAAGACAGUCAGAGCGAAGGGACUGCACAGUUGGACAGCAUUGGCUUCAGCAUCAUCAGGAAAUGCAUCCACGCUGUGGAAACCAGAGGGAUCAAUGAGCAAGGGCUCUACCGAAUCGUGGGGGUCAAUUCCAGAGUCCAGAAGCUACUGAGUGUCCUGAUGGACCCCAAAACUGCUUCUGAAGCGGAGACUGAUAUCUGUGCCGAAUGGGAGAUAAAGACAAUCACUAGUGCUUUGAAGACCUACCUAAGAAUGCUUCCGGGACCACUCAUGAUGUACCAGUUUCAAAGAAGUUUCAUCAAAGCAGCAAAACUGGAGAACCAGGAGUCUCGAGUCUCUGAAAUCCAUAGCCUUGUUCAUCGGCUCCCAGAGAAAAAUAGGCAGAUGUUACAGCUGCUCAUGAACCACUUGGCAAAUGUCGCUAACAACCACAAGCAGAAUCUGAUGACAGUGGCAAACCUCGGCGUGGUGUUUGGACCCACCCUACUGCGUCCUCAGGAAGAAACAGUAGCAGCCAUCAUGGAUAUCAAGUUUCAGAACAUUGUCAUUGAGAUCCUCAUAGAAAAUCAUGAAAAGAUAUUCAACACCGUGCCUGAUAUGCCUCUCACCAAUGCCCAGCUGCACCUGUCCCGGAAGAAGAGCAGUGACUCCAAGCCCCCUUCCUGCAGCGAAAGGCCCCUGACGCUCUUCCACACCAUGCAGUCAGCAGAGAAACAGGAACAAAGAAACAGCAUCAUCAACUCCAGUUUAGAAUCUGUCGUCUCAUCAAAUGCAAACAGCAUCCUUAAUUCCAGCAGCAGCUUACAGCCCAACAUGAACUCCAGUGACCCGGAUCUCGAUGUGCUCAAACCCACCCGGCCCAACUCGCUCCCCCCGAAUCCAAGCCCAACUUCACCCCUCUCGCCAUCUUGGCCCAUGUUCUCGGCGCCAUCCAGCCCUAUGCCCACCUCAUCCACGUCCAGCGACUCAUCCCCCAUCAGGUCUGUUGCAGGGUUUGUUUGGUUUUCUGUUGCUGCCGUUGUUCUCUCAUUGGCUUGGUCCUCUCUUCAUGCAGUGUUCAGCCUCCUCGUCAACUUUGUUCCCCGCCAUCCAAACCUGCACUUGCUUUUUGACAGGCCAGAAGAAGCGGUUCGUGAAGACUCCAGCACACCGUUCCGGAAGGCAAAAGCCUUAUAUGCCUGCAAAGCUGAACAUGACUCAGAACUCUCGUUCACAGCAGGCACAGUCUUCGACAAUGUUCAUCCAUCUCAGGAGCCUGGCUGGUUGGAAGGGACUCUGAACGGAAAGACUGGCCUCAUCCCUGAGAACUACGUGGAGUUCUUUUAACCGUGGGCCCCAGCAGACCUGCUGAGCUUUCCAUGGUAUCCAUGACAACCGCUGAUUGCAGUGUUGGAGGCCGUUUCUCUUUGCCACUGAGAAAUUCAGGGUGACUGACUCGGUUACUACCUGUCAACGCAAAUGUUUCUGUGAACUCUGGAGCACCCAUCCCCAUGACCGUGGCAGCUGGCAUGCGGUGAUACUGCAAGGAACAGAAGGAAAUCAGCAGUGGAGACCAUUUGAUUCUGAUAACCGAGAGAACGGCUGACAAAGCCAUUCCUCUCCUUUAGCGCCCUAAAUAGGGAGGAUUCGUUUGUUUCAGCAGUCAUCCAAACCCCCAACCUUCUGAGAAAGGAAGUAAGAAAGAUGUAAGUAGUCCUCAAGAGCAUGCAGUGUAGCUUUAAGUCUGGCAGGGCUGGGCAUUGGCUCUGAGACCCAGGCUGGGCCCAUUGCUUCUGUUUACAGUAGACACUCUCUUUACCCCACCUCCAAAUACUUGAGGCCCGCAGUGCUACAGGCAGCUGGGUCUGUCUGUUUGCAUGCAGGAGGGAGAGGGGUUAUGGCACUGUUUACAUAAAAUGCAAUCUCUCACCAUCUCCAGGCAGCCUCGGCCAAGCAUCGGCAGAAUUCAGCUCAGUCCCCUCUUGCAAGGGGAACACACACACACCCCACAUUCCCCCUCCCAAGCUAGGAACUUCUCUGCCACUGAGGGCUGCCGUCACCUCGUAACCACGGCAACCCAACCUACUCUGAAACCAAACCAAAAAAAUAACACACUUUUUGCAUGAUAUUUUUUUUUCUCCCUGCUUUAUGGUCAUUUUUUGAAUGGUUUUCCAACAACCUGAAGCAGAAGGGCAAAGAAUUAGAGUGGUCUGCUCGGGGCAGACAGAAUGGCAGCUGGGAACUCUUCCCUUUCUGAUGAAUUUCAGCAGCAUCAGGAUAUAUUUGGAGCAAACUCUAGUAACCUCUUGAGAUUAAAUUACAUACAGGUUUAAUAUUUCUGUUCUUCCAUGCUUUAUAGGGGGCAGUAUACUGCUUCUCCACAGGUGACAUUCUCCCUUUGACUUGUUCCAUCAUGGUCUCCCGUUCCCGUCCCUUCCCCUGCCCUCGCAUGCCUGUAGUCCCUCACUGACCAGCCCCGUGGCAGUACCCUGCGCUGCUGAGCACUGGUGCCCUGGUGGCUUUCAGGGGUGAUUUCAGGGCUAACCCUGUGGCCUGUAGUUUUAAAGGACAUAUGUGUUCACUGCCACUCAGAAAAGGGAAUUGUUUCUCAGGCUUUUGAGACACAAGACUAAUAGUAUAAGCCAUUGUGAUUCAGAAGGCAUGGAAAGGUGGCAUGGGUACCUUCUGAGAAAGAGAGUUUCCUGGUCCAGAAGGGGCCGGGUCUUCUGGAAGAUUACCUGGGGUGGGAAAGUUGGGCCUGGACAUUUCACAUUCACUUGGCCUUCAAAGAACAGAGUUCUCAGUGUCUCCUGCAUUCGAAUGUCCUUGCAAGAGUGACUCUGGGCAGACAGACUCCAAAUUGAUGGACCGUCAGGCUCCCCAGGAGCCCCUUGGAAUGGCAGCAUUGUUCCAGAGUGCUCCCCGCUUCUGGAAUUCCUGUUUAGGGAAGCUUAAAGAAGAGAAAAACUUGAAUUGUGUUGAAUUACUGUAUCUUUUACUUUUUUUUUUUUUUUAAAGAUAAACUUGUAAAUAGAGUGAUUUGAAAUAUUAUAUGGCAAAGUUUUAUAUUUGAUACUCUUGAAGCUAGUCGCUGUCGCUCCACACGUUUAAGCUCUGGUUGUUGAAGAGGUGUGUGUAUGAGGGAGCGACCGGGGGCAAGUCAUCCCUUCUCUGGCCUUGAGAAAGGAGAAAACAUUUCUAUACACUCUCUGCUGGCUCUGGUUGGUGGGCGUGACUCACUGAUGGUGUUCAGUCUUCUUUAUGCAAAUGUGUUUUUGAGCUUUUCUUGGGCUUUGAAUUUGGAGAGAGAAAGAGCAUUUUCAGGCAAUGAAUGUUUCAAAGAACUCUUGCUGGGUAGUAUGAAGCAGCUCAGGAUUCACAUAGGUGGGGCUAGGAGUUAGAUUUUGUUUUCCAUGUUUCUUCUCAGGUGUAUUUCUUGGUACCCCAAGGUGUCAGGACAGAAGGUGUUGGGAUAGUUGCAUGUUCCUUAUAUCUAACUCCUCGGAACAUCUUUAAGGCUGUAUACAUGAGGCCGAGCUAUUUUGUAAAUGUUGUGUGUGUCUUAAGUUCUAGGAAAAACUGGCUUCUUAGGAUCUUUGGUCCUCAGUACACUGCUGCUUUCCCUUCCCCUAAAUACUUCCCUUCCUGUUCAUCUCACAUUUCCUGUAACCCCAAAAUAAGAGAAAAACUCUACAGAGGGAUAGAGGUUGCCGUGACAGCUUUAGAGAUGGUUUGAAAUUUUAGAUAUGGUGAUUCCGUUCAUCAGCUCAAGGAUUUACACAGCGGUGGUGCAGGACCUCAUCCAGCAGCAAGCAAAACGCUACCACUGAAUCAGGGAAUAAGCACUGAGACUGGAUAAGACCAAGAGAGGACUCGGGAAAGCUCUCACUGCAAACCCAAGAAGAAAGAGAAUACACAAACCGCCUCCACAUACUCCCUUCAGACCUUGAACAGCUCAAGGGUCUGUUCAGCGGGGCCUGAGGGGACAAGCCUACUCUGUGCCACUGUGCAUCCUAAAUAGAAAGAGCUCAAAAUAUUGUUGUUAACACAUUUGUCGUUUCGAAUUGUCACCUGCCACACUGGAACCUUAACUAGAGCUAACCUAGGGGAGCAGAAGGCCCAGGCCCUGAUUUGAGGAGCUCCUCGCUAAAGCAUCACUGUCGACACUUGGCCCCAGCUUGACUGCUCGGAAGCUUGUCCCUCCCUCCUCAAUUGGCCCUGAUCUGAAGCUGGAGGGAAAUGGAGCUGUUGCCAACCUGCAUUUUUCGGUAGACCCCUUCCCAGCUUCCCUGUAGCCAUGCUGGGCAUGUGACAGAUGGCUGCUCUCCUUCCUUUCCCCAGCCAGGCUCACCUCCUCCCCAUUUGCUACAGAACUGGAGAAACCUUUCAGAAUAUGAGCCAACAAAUAGGGAAGGAAUUGGAAGACCAAAAAUAGAUUUUACCUUCUCUGUCAUCUCUGCCCCCCGGCCCCUAAUUCUGCUGAAUAGGGAACUUGAGGGCAGAUGAGAAGAAUGAACUAGGUACCGGAGUGGAGGACUAUGGACCAAGAUCCCCGAUCUCUCCGAGGAACCUUGUGUUUCUUUUGUAAGGCCCUGGGAUGAGGCAUCCAGAGCCUGAAUCUUUUCUUGGGCAUAUAAGCAGUCUGUCCCUCCUCCUUUGGGUACUCAAGGAAUUCCAUGGCUGCAGAAGGCCAUGCUGUGAAAGAAGUAGUUUCAAAUCCCUGCCCCUAAGCGAGUAAAUUCUUGACUUGCUCAAGAUUGAUGAUAUUCUCUUCUGUUUUCAAAAAUCAGUGUAUAGAGAUGGACCCUGCAUAGCACAGCCUUCCUUAAUAUCCUAUAAUUAGAGCCAGUUUUUCAGUUAAUGUUUGAGUAUUUCUACAGCCAUUAUGUGUUUACCUCUGCCAGACCAAACAAAUUCAGUGUAAUUCUAGUUCAUCUCCUUUUGCUGAGUGCUCUUUUGGAUGGAGAGGCAAAGAGAAAGAAAAUAAGCCAUCAAGUAUUGGCAGAUUGGCGUUAGCAGGACAGAGCCAUGCUAGUGACAAGAUCAUUUCAGGCAUUUCCAGGACUCCAGGGUUGCACGUGCAUUCCUGUAGCUCAGAGGGAAAUCCUUCUAUGACCUAGGUCUCCUGACAACAGCAACUCCAGUCACUCCAGAAGUUCCAUCUUGACUACAGAGACUGCCAAAGCACCCAUGGUUGAAGGGUAGGGAGACAGAAAUAAUUGGCUAAAGGUAAUUUGAUCCCUUAUUCGUGACUAUUUACUGGCACCUUUCAUUCUCUGGCUUCUGUUGCCAAAACCAAGUUGGGACCAACAGUUUUACAGACACAGGAGUCCCAGGUACAGCAGUGGCCACCAUGGUACCCACAGCAUGUUGCAGUGCAGAAUGUUUGAUGAGCAACCGUAUUACCCAAGUAGGUAGCCACCACUGAAGAAACCAAAUAGCUACCUGACUUAAAAAGGAAUGUCCUGGGUAUUCUGUUCCGAGUUAUCUGUCAUUUUCUGGCAAACUUGAUGGUAAUCAGUUACCUAGACAACCCUGCCCCACAUGUCUCUUAAGUCAACUGGGUGUCCUCUGACACACCCUUUGCUGGUGUUUAAAAAAUGUAUCCUGUGUUCAAAUGCGUUUGGCAGCCACGCUGAUCUGCUGGAUGCUGAACCACUUCUCUGUAAUUGUAGCAUCAAAAUGACACCAGCAGAGCAAUGAACCUUGCACAGUCCUACAGCAUGCCUGAGACAAGACUCCGACAAGUAAUAAUUAGCUUUUUUCCUUUCGCCGCCUACGGUCCUUGUGUAACUGAAGAACUUCUCACAGCACAGGGAGAGACCAUGUAGAGAAUCCAGAUGUCCUUCAGAGCCACCAGCCCUUGCUCACAUGUGGUCUCCCGAUGGAAGCACUUGUAUUCUUGGGUGAAAAGGUAUUGGAUGUGAAGUAGUGCUGGGAGCAGACAGAAAGUAAAAGGUGAACCACGUUGAAGAUCUUAGGAUUUUUUUUACAAGAAAAAAUUAUAGUUCUUAAUAGGGAAAAAUACAUCACAGAGGAAGUUUGCAGCUAAUAGUUUUGUAAAAGUUUUCCAGGACACUACAAGACGGAAACGUCUUUCAAGAAGGUGGAAUACUGUAGGGAGCAAAGGCUUGGCACAGUCCCAGUCCCAUAUAAGAAGAGCAGUUAGUAGUAUAUGAAAAUUCUCUUGAGCGUAGUCAGAACCAGAGUAUUGAUAAUCAAAAUGUCAAAUUUACCUGGAGCGGUCCCGGAGAGGUCAAGACAUUGUACAUCCCUUUCUACAAAAUUGUCCUGACAGACACCUACAGACAGCUACCUUGGGUAUCCGGAAGCCAGGGUCAACCUUAUACCUGUGAAAAGAAGUUCCUCUGUUGAUUCUAAAGCAUCUGCGUAUUAGUAUGUGUUUGUGUAUGUAAAGCACACAUCUACAUAGGCAAAGAUCCAGACUCUUCCAUAAGCCGGCAUUUGCUGAGCCUUUGGAGCCUUUAAGAGUUAGAAGUUGGGAGUUAGAGAAACGGCAGGCUGUUGACUAUAAAAAUGACAAAAGAUGUAAAUUAAGUGCCAUUUUAAAACUUCGUAUUUAUCAAAUGGUUACUAUCUACAGCUAUAUCCCUUAUUCACUUAUUAAAAGUCGUGUUGAAAACCAGAUCAAACUCCUAAACCUGUAGUCGCUAAUACUAGGCUAGCGCUCACAAGCACUCUCAAAGACAUUUUGUCCAUAUUUUGAAGAAGAAACUGUUUGCAUGUUUAACUCAUAAUUUAGGCUACCUUUGAGUAUACUGCAAAGUGCUGUGUGAUAUAAUAUCAAUAAAGUACUUAAAAGUGGCACUUUAAAUUUUUUUAAACCGUAAAUAAUGCACUGUUUUAAACUUCAGUAUUGAAUAUUGACUGCUGUGUAAAAUCCAAUUCUGUCAUUAAAAAGUAAUUUGUGACUAGACUAGAACUUGUUCCCUGUCAUUAGUAAUAAUAGUCUUGCCAUGUUGAGGCUUUUUGAAAAAUGUGCUUUUGCGUCACUAAGGCUAUCUAUAAAGACAAUACGGUUCCUGUCGAGUGGCCUCUGAAACUUGGCUUUCUUUCAUUUGCUUGGUUUAUGUGACAAUCCUUAUGAAACGAGUGGAAGUAUGAUUUUUGAAUUAAAUGACUUUUCCAUUUGGUGGCA